CUGAGCAUGUCACCCCAAUAGAAUAUCAAUAGUCUUUCAUUUGUACAUGUUGAGCAUGUCAAACCACGAUAUAACACCAUGAGCCUUCGAUUCGUACAUGCUGAGCAUAUUACUUCGAAAUUUCCCAAUCAAGAUCAUUUGCUGAUUCUCAUCACGUCUCUUAUAUUACUACCACUCAUUUUUAACUCAAUCAUUACUUUGUUUCAGCAUGUAAUUUUAUAUUAUUCACCCAAAACUGUUCAUCUUUCAAGAACUCCAACAGUCCAACCCAGUAGCUGCACCGCGGAUGACAUGCUGCUGUCGUGCCGGAGUGAUUCUCCGCCGCCCCGGAAACACUGACCGCCACUUCCCUAGAGACGCUGACUGCCGCUGCCCCGGAGAAAUUGAAUAUUGCUUGUCUGAAGAAGGUCGUCGUAGCUCUGGAGAAACAGAACCGCCGGCUUAUUGAACCGCCGGAACGGCCCUCCUACUGUGCCUUACUAUUACCACCCGUCAUCGGCCAAAACCUCUGGCGUCGUUGUCUUCUCUUGUAGACUCCAGACCAAGGCCGGAAAAAGCCGCAGCUCCUCUUCCAUUCGGCAAGUGGUUGACGAGGUCGAGAGCUCGACGCAACACCGCACGCCGCCACUAAUAACCAAAUUCAAAGGUGGUAAUGUUGUUGGAGCUGGCAGAAAGAGAGUGAGUAUUCGCGAGUUCCUUGCAUUUCGGCUUCAAGAGCGGUGUGACAAUCAUUCUUCAAUGUUAAGGAUGAAAAGGCUUUUUCAACAGUUCAUUGUUGACGGUCAUACCUUGGUUGAGGCGGCGCGUUUGAGGUUUGUUAGGACCCAUCAAAUCGAACUGCGUUGUGAGAUGUAUAAAGGUUUGAGUGAUGCUUUUUUACGUGGAGAAAGUGAUUCACGCACACAGGGUAAGAGAAUUGUGUUGCCUCCGACCUUUACCGGAGGAGCACGCUUUAUGAUACAGAAUUAUCAAGACGGCCAUGGCCAUUUGCAGGUGGGCAGGUUAUCCUGAUUUAUUCAUAACGUUCACGUGCAAUCCAAGAUGGCCAGAAAUCGAUCAUUUCUUGCAUCCGAGGAAUUUGAAAGCGGAAGAUCGUCCAGAUAUAGUGAGUCGUGUUUUCAAGAUCAAGCUCGACGGUUUGAUUAGAGAUCUACGGAAGAAUAGAGCUUUUGGAAAUGUCAGGGGAGUGGUCUACACAAUUGAAUUUCAGAAACGUGGUUUGCCACAUGCCCAUAUAUUGCUUUGGUUAGCAACAAAUGAUAAAUUGCCCUCGCCGGUUGACAUAGAUAGGGUAAUAUCUGCAGAAAUUCCUGAUAUAAACGCUGACCCACUGUACUAUGCUGCUGUGAAGAACUUUAUGAUGCAUGGCCCUUGCGGUAAUGUUGCAAAAUCUGCGCCUUGCAUUGUUGACGGUAAAUGUACCAAGCAUUUUCCUAAAAAAUGGUGUGAGGAGACGACAGUGGACGCCGACGGUUACCCAAUCUAUAGGAGGAAAUGUGAUGACCGCAGAAUAAUCAAAAAUAAGGUUGAUUUGGAUAAUAGAUUUGUUGUUCCACACAGCCGUUAUUUAUUGAUGAAAUAUGGAGCCCAUAUGAAUGUGGAGUGGUGUAAUCAGUCAAGGUCAAUCAAAUAUUUGUUUAAAUACAUAAACAAAGGUUGUGACCGGGUCACAGCAGGGUUUUACCAAACAACUGAUGCUGAGGCAGGACAAAAGCCAGUUGAUGAGAUACAAAUGUACUACGACUGCAGAUACAUCUCCUCUUGCGAGGCUGCUUGGCGCAUAUUUGGUUUUGAAAGUCAAUAUAAAACCCUGCAUGUUAAACGCCUGAGCUUCCAUUUACCAGGAGAGCAGAGUGUUGUUUUUCGCGACGAUGAGCCUCUCGAUUCAGUGGUUCGAGCAUGUUCUGUUAAGGAGAGUAUGUUCACAGCGUGGAUGGAGGCCAAUAAGAAGUACCCGGAAGCAAGACUUUUGACAUAUGCAGAGUUUCCUCAGAAGUUUGUUUGGAAACAAAAGACAAGAGAAUGGUCUCCCAGAAAACAAAACUUUGCUAUUGGUAGAGUUUAUCAUGUCCAUCCCGGCAGUGGUGAAUCUUAUUACCUCCGAUGUCUUUUAAAUCAUGUUCGUGGUGCAACAAGCCAUCAGGACUUGAGAACCUUGAAUGGUGUCAUUUAUGAUUCUUUUCGUGAUGCAUGUUAUGCGUUGGGCUUACUCGACGAUGAUAAAGAAUUCAUUGAUGCUUUCACAGAGGCAAGCCAUUUCUCAUCUGCCUUUUGUUUGAGAAUUUUAUUUGUGAUAUUAUUGUGGACAGAGUCAAUGGCAAGACCUGAGUAUGUUUGGGAAAAAUGUUGGUCCUUCAUGGCUGAUGACAUCCAAUACAUGCGGAGGAGAAUAUUACAACAUCCAGAUCUUAUUCUUUCUGACGACCAGUUAAUGAGGUUUGCUCUGGAAGAAAUUGAGAGGUUAUUACUGUGACACCGCACCCGAAUGUCCUUGGAGAUUUGAUUUAAAUAUUCAAAGUUUAUGUAUUGGAUUUCUGAUUCCCAAACAAUUGUAAAACGAUUAAUGUUUUACGUAAUUAAUGAUCGAAU